AUGGCAUCCGGUUCAGAAGACCUGCCCUUUCAGUGCAAUAGUGAAACGCUUCAGUGCCUGAUCUGCUUGAAGCAUAUUGAAGAUCCUCGGCUUUGUCCCCAAUGUUCCAAGCUGUUUUGCUACGGUUGCAUUCGCCAAUGGUUGCAAAAAGCGAACAACGAAAAUGGCAAUCCGACAUGCCCGUAUUGUAGAUGUGUGUGUAAUAUAGAUAACUUCGUGAAAAUUCUAGCAGGUAGUCCACUGUAUCCAUGCAAACCGAUUGCUAACGAAAGCAGUGCAACCGACCAAUCGAACAAGGACGCAGGAAAGAAUGAUCCUGAAAAAGUUCUACAACGACUCGACAAGAUACUGCUCGAAACACAAGGUUUCUUUAAUGAAACUAAUAAACGCGUCGUACAAGAGCUGGACAAGCAGCAUGCGCUUGUGAAACAAACGAAAGAUAAUCUGAUAAAAACUGUUAACUUAAUGGUGCAGCAAGAGCUGAAAGAUAUCCACCAGCAGUUUCAUGCCAAAAUUGCCGAAAUCAAUGCAUGGAGUGAAAUAUUGACAAACAAAUUGGAUAAGCAUCAGUUUGACAUCUCAUCCGUCAAAGCCACCGUAGAGCAAAGCUCUCCUGCAGAGCGUGUCGCAAAGCAGUUUGAGAUUGAAAAAUCUUGCACAAAAGUCUCCGAAGCCCUUAAGUCAAUUUCGCUGAACGUAAAACCCCUUAGUUUUAACAGUAAACUAAUUCCGGAACCAUCAAGCUGGAAGUUCGCUGUGACAAGAUACUCCACCAUAAGACGUACUAAUGAAGUACAGUACUCUGAUCUUGUCACCGAUGAUAUUGGUUCAGUGUGGCGGUUGGAGGUGCAUCCGUGCGGGUUUGACGAUGCCAAAAACACAUCCCUAAGCAUUUUUCUCCAGCUAUACAAUGGGAUCGAGGGGCGGUAUCAUUAUUCUUUCGAGCUGCUCGGUCCCACAACGAAUCACUUCUAUGAGGCGGAAGAUUAUUUCGAGCUACGCAAAGGCUGGGGACAAAAUCAUUUCAUCGACCUGAAGUCAUUGCAAGAAUCGUUUCUUGUGGACGAUGGAUUCGAGGUUAAAUUUUCUAUCCGUUCGCUCAACCUCAUCGACAAGUAUGGAAAAAUGAAAAAGCGAGCCGAGCUACUUACAACCGAAACGGAACAACUGAAGAAAUUAGCCUAUCCGAUCAGUCUAGAUGAAGUUGUCACCAUCCGAAAUGUGGUGGAAGCAGCCAAAUCAUCUACCUGUCUAUACUCUGACAUUCUGUGUGAUGAUAUUGGUGGCCAAUGGCGCCUACAAGUCUAUCCGGGUGGCAAUGCGGAAUGCAGAGGGCAAUUUAUCAGCAUUUUUCUGGAGCUAUAUUCCGGCAUUCCUAAUAAGUACGAAUUCACCGUUGCAUUGCUGCAUCAGAACGUGAAGAAGAUUGUUAAAAAAUCGCUAGAAUAUUGCAUCCAGCCUUCAUUACCAUUCGGAUGGAAAACGUUUUUGGGCCGCGAGGAGUUGAUUAACAACGGCUACAUACAGAAAGAUUCACUCUCGAUUCGGCUUACUGUGAAGCCACCUAACGCCACCCAGAAGCUUAACUAUCUUCGGCAGCAAAUGGAACAUAACAUGGAGCAUAGUAUAGAGCAUAGCAUGAACCCGACACGCAAACAGUCCGUGAUCUCGAACGAUUCCAAGCCUUCCACUUCGCAGGAACCACUUGAAACGCGUCUACGCAAAGCAUCCAUAAGUAUUUAUAAAAAAUUUGUCACCAAAUCAUCCAGCACUGAACAACAGUGA